CUUCAAAGCUUUCAAUACACCCCUCACUCCCUCACACAUGGCCACGUGUCUCCCCUUCCGCGCCAUCCCCUCCAAACCCUCCUCCUCCUCCUCUUCUUCACGCGCCGCUAAAAUCACCUGCUCCUCCGUCACAGCCCAAUCCCGCCUCGCCAAGCAAGACCUCCUCGCCCUCAUCGCCGACCAGGACCGCGGCCUCAAGACGCAGGCUGACCCAGCCAGGCGCGCCUCCAUCAUCACCGCCAUCGACGCCUUGGCCGAUCUCGGCAAGGGCACCGUCACCACCGGUAGCGACCUCUCCGCCACGUGGCGGCUGCUGUGGACGACGGAGAAGGAGCAGCUGUUUAUCAUCCAGAACGCGUCCGUGUUCGGCACGCGCGCCGGCGAUGUUCUGCAGGUCAUCGAUGUUGACCGGAAGGUCCUCAACAACGUCAUCACUUUCCCUCCCGACGGUGUUUUCUUCGUCCGCUCCAGUAUUGAAGUCGCUUCGCCGCAGAGAGUGAAUUUCAGGUUUACGAGUGCGGUUUUACGAGGGAAGAGCUGGGAGUUUCCGUUGCCGCCGUUCGGGCAGGGGUGGUUUGAAACUGUAUACCUUGAUGAUGAGAUUCGGGUUGUGAAGGAUAUCAGAGAAGACUAUUUGGUUGUAGACCGUGCUCCCUAUGCUUGGACAGAAUGAAGAGAAUAAAGUUUUCCACUGGCUGCAUAGCCUAUUACUCGGGCAAGAUGUGAGUUCGCUUACUCAAAGCUAAUUAUUUGGUGAUCUCUGUUAUACGAUCCCAUAAUAUCUAGUCUUCUGAUCUAUUUGCACAGCUCUGGUUUGUAACUUGUGCAAUAUAGUGUGGUUCAUCAAAGCAGAUGUUGCUUAAUACUUGUUUGUAUAUACGUACAUAUACGCACGUGCUAUUG